UCACGACUUCAGUUGCCGCUGUUGCGGUAUUUCACAUUUGGAUUGCUCCAUAGCUGGUGAAAAUCCUACUAUUCUCCGCGGAUAACUCCGACUAGGAUCCUUGUAUGCAUGGUCAGGCUCCGGACGUGGCUUUCAUCGCCUUCAGUGGGGUAUUCUGAAGGUGGUGGUGGAGGAAGAUAUACCGACGUGGUGAAUUCGUGCUAGGUUGAAUUUGGAGAAGGGAAGAAGUUGCGGUCAUUUGGGGUUGAAUUCAUCGCGAUUUUGUGUCGUUUCGGUAUCUUGUGCGGUCUAGGAUUAUUGGGUUUUGAAGCAACUGAACUAUGGGAGCCACUUCGGGGCAGUCGACGCAACCAUUCAUAGGAAAUGAGCAGCCGCAAUCAAAUGCGACGGUUGAGCAUCAUGGAUAUCCCGUCAUUCGGUCGGAACCGCCGCUCGCCGUCAAUUACUACGGGGGUAGCCACCAGGUUGUGCAUGUGUACACGGACAACGACUGGACGACGGGGAUCCUUGGGUGCAUGGAAGAUGUCCCGAAUUGCGUGUUCACCAUGGUCUGCCCGUGUCUUGCGUUCGGGCGCGUUGUUGAGCAUCUGGAUGAUGGGAACACUCCAUGUAUUACAGCAGCGCUUGUGUGGUAUGUGAUUCAGCAAUUGACGUCGUGCGGGUGUGUAUACUCUUACGGGUAUCGUAAGAAGCUUAGGCGCAAGUAUAACUUGCCUAGUCGACCAUUGCCAGAUUGGUUCGUCCAUUAUUUCUGCUGGUCCUGCGCAAUCUGUCAGGAGACCCGAGAAAUCAAGAACAGAGAAGUGAUCAACAGGUAUUAUGCUGGCGGAGUUAUGCUGCCACCUCCACGUCAAUCGUUUCCACACAGGUGGUGAUGUUUCAUAAUCAUAGCAUGUACAUUUAGAUUGGAAUUCUAUCUUAAUGGUCUUGCGGGUCAGCCAGACUUGGCAGCACAUUUGCCUAGCGAAGUAAACGAUUUGUAUGCGAGGAAAACGUGUACUGCAAGCUCAUGGUGGCGUGAGCUCAAACUUUUUAACUUUGGUGCACACAGAUUCAUGCUGACCUCUUUGGCAGAGUGUACAUGAGGUGGUGAAGUAUCUCAUACACAAAUUUCACCGAAUAUUUUUGCGGGGCAACUUAA